UUAUUUUGUUUCAUCCAACAAAAACAAAACCGAACGCAAUGAAAACGUACGACUUUUGCGCGGAUAUGAGUUUAAUACGUCACUACGUAUUUAUGCUUAUACAUGAUGCACGCAGUGUUUGCAGUCGAUUCCGUAACUCGUAUACAUGUAAUUUAGAUGCAAUUUAAAAAUACACACGUACAUCUGAUAUACUUACACUCGGAAAAUUAAAUUAGUCUUAUUGUUUUUUAUUUUUUCUCCUAUUUUUAUUUAUCUUCGGUUCUUUUGGUCUCGGUUCAAAUUUGCGUUUAAGAACGCACGUGAGUAUAUCGUUAUUAUAUAAACACAAUAAACGUCAGGGAAUCGGACAAUAUUCUGUCAAAAGCAAUUGCGGAAUCAAAAUCCAAUUUCAACGGUAACGGUACCAGACGCUUAUCAUCCCCUUGAAAAGUCGUCAUGCGUUUUAUACACUAAUGCAACAAAAAAGGUAUUUUCGGGAACAACAGGCGUUUUUGGCUCGCGCCACCGGCUACGCCACUCUCGGCAAUGCAGGACGGAACGUAACUCUAGUGAAACGACAACAGCGUCCGCGUCUACUUGUUGAUUUUAUCUACCACCUGCAGCACAAAACUGUUAUUAGUGUUACCAUCAUCAGUACCGUUAUUACUAAAAUUUUUUUUUUUGUUGUUUUCACUUUCGAAAAAUCUAAUACGACGCAUUUCGAACAACGCAAGAAUAUCCGGCACGACAUAAUUGGUUAGCUGAAAAAUUACAGGGAGUUUCUUGCAUUGCUAUAAAAAUAAAUUUCAGACUGCGGUAAAGAAGCGUAAUCAAAUUGCAAAAUGCACAACUUAGCCCAUAACGUUCCCGUGUUAAACUCUCCUUCGUCAUUUGUGUAUAAUCAAUUUGGAUCUUAUGGAACAACUUAUAAUCAAUCCUCGCUAUUAGCAUCGAUCCAACCGCCGCCAACAGCCACGUACAUCAACUCGAUGGUAACCGCUCAAACAAUUACAACACCGGUCGUUUCCUCAGCCAACUGCAACGCUCAGGUCGUGGGCAAUCGCAAUAUUUUGUCUACUCUACCGUCACAGAUGUUUUCGAUCGACAACCAUCCGAACACCUCGACCAGAGAACAACAUUCGACCACCACGACUACCAAUCCUAUAGUGUACAUCAACGCGUCCAUGCAGCAACAAUCUUUCUCCACACCAGAGUCACUUCACUUAUCAAUACCAGCUCAUCAAAACAGACUAAUUGCAUCUAACAGACAACCAACUACGUUUAAUAAUCUUUCAACGCUACACAGUAUAGUUCCUUACCAAGCGAUUUUUAAUCAAUUCUCCACGGCAAUUCCAAAUGUUACACGACACAAUAUUACUUUUGGUCCAGAAGGCAGUAAUCUAUUUAUUUAUCAUUUACCGCAAGAAUUCAGUGAUAACGAACUCACUCAUAUGUUUAUGCCAUUCGGUCAAGUGCUAAGCUCAAAAGUAUACAUAGAUAGAGAAACUAAUCAGAGUAAAUGUUUCGGUUUUGUAUCAUUCGAUACCAACAAGUGCGCAAACCGCCAUUCAGGUAAUGAAUGGUUUUCAGAUCGGCAUGAAGAGAUUAAAAGUGCAAUUAAAACGUCCAAAGAAAAAAAUGUCAAGUAGAAUUUAUUUUCAAACGUAAUCUAGUGGUAUAAUCUAAAAGUACCAAUCUGAUUUUGCAUAUUACUUAAUAUUAAAUAUUCCACUGUAUACUAUAUAAUUUAAAAAGUUAUAAUAUAAGUCUAUUCAAUAAGGAAAAAUCAGCUAUUCCAAGUCAAGUUUGACAGCAAAAGUAAUUGAAACAUUAACUUCGACAGAUUUAUUAAUUUAUAAACAGAAAUUCAACGUAUUUACUUUUUACAGCUAUUACUGGCAACAACAUUUUAAUUUCAUCAUUUUUGUAACUAUAAGUACUGAAUAAAAAACGUUCA